UUUUUUUUAUUUUAUUGUUAUCAUUAGGUUUGGGACAUUUCAAAAACUGUAAGUGAUUUUAUUUUUUUUAAAAAAAAAAAUCACUUACAUUUUUUUUUUUUGAAUGGGAUUCAGAUAUGUGGAGGAGGUAUUUCAUGAUCAAGUGACAACGUUCCAAAUUUCGUUUGUGGGCACAUUAGCAUCAUCAUGUCUUCUUUCUGGUGGAUUGUACAUGACACCGAUCAUAGAGCGAAUUGGAGCACGACUGGUGAUGAUAUGUGGCACGGUGAUGGCCCCGUUAGGUCUGGUUCUAAGCAGUUUCAGUACAUCACCUUGGCAUGUGUUUGUGACGCAGGGAGUAGUGUUUGGUGUGUUUGCAGGAUGGACGUUCACAGUCAGUGUAGGGUUACCUGCCCAAUGGUUUUCAUCUCAACGACGUGGAUUGGCUACAGGAUUAUCAUCCGCAGGCGCAGGCAUAGGUGGCGUGUUCUUUGGUCCUGUGACGCAUACCUUGAUCAGUCAUCUAGGCUACAGACGAUCUCUCUUGGUAUUAGGUGCCAUUGGUUGGGUAUUAUUGGGAACGGCGACGGCUUUACUAAGAAUACCAUCAUUAUCAUCAUCAUCAUCAUCAGUCACUAGACAAGAAGUGAAUCAUCCUGUGUCAUUUUACAUUCUAUUGGUAUUUUCUUUUUUGAUCACUUUUGGUUAUUUUUUCCCGUUCUUUUCUGUUCCACUGUAUGCUGGAUUCCUUGGUAUGGAUGAUGAUCAAGGUGCCACUUUGAUUUCGGUCAUGUCCGCAAUGAAUGCAGUGGCAAGGAUUAUGAUGGGUUGGACGGCAGAUAAGAUAGGUGGUAUCAAUACUCUUUUUAUUACUACAUUUUGUUCAGGACUUUUUUCAAGUUUGAUUUGGCAAUUUUCCCAUACAUAUGGUAUCUAUGUUGUAUAUUGCGUUUGUAUAGGGUUCAGUAGUGGUACUUUUGUUUCUUUGUUACCUAUUAUUGUAACAGAUUUGGUGGGAACUCAAGCAUUACCUAAAUAUCUCAGUUUAUGUUACGCGAUGACAAUGUUUGGUAAUCUAUUUGGUAGUCCUAUAGCAAAUACAUUAUUAGAACAUUAUAAUUGGACGGUUGCUAUCCAAUAUACUGGAGCAGUUUCUAUCCUGGCUUCAUUGAAUCUUCUUGUUCUACGUUACAUUCGUUAUGAUGGUGAUGAUUCCAUAUGGAGAAAAGUAUAGAUUACAGUUUGGAUAUCUUUUUUUUGUUAUCUUUUUGAUUUGGUGGUCUGUUACACAUUGAACUCCGAAUUUAUCUCUCUUAAAAAAAAGCCUUUUCUUUUGCAUAAUAAAACCUGUGUACUCCUCCUUAAAAAAAAA